CUAUACUUCCACAAGACGCACAUCUCCGACCCAGCAUCCAAAUAAUCGCUACUUAAUUGUCAAUCCUUAACCGAUCCGCAAAGGAGGGAAAAAAUAUCGUUGGUUGAGAAAAUAUUAAACGACUCUGAGAAGACGAGCCGUACGUACGAGUCGCGUUAGAGACGAUAUUCUGCAGCUGCUGACUGUUUUUAUCACCGCACAUCAUCACGUGUACGUAAUAUAAUCAUUCGAUCGGCGACGUAUCGCGGAUAAUAAUUCUUUCAAUUAUACGGUAAACGUAUAAUAUCGAUUCUCAAAGUGUCGGUGAAGUGAAUUUAUUUUAUAAAUUUUUCCUCGUCCGGUAACAGUUGUAUUUGUAUUAUUCUUUUUCUUUGUUAUUUUCACUCGUUUUAUUGGAUAUUUGAAUUUAUUUGUGAGAUCGCGGCCGAUAGAUCCGAGUGAAAUUUUCCAACGAUUGUCUCAUCCAGUUUACUCGCCGAUUCACGCACUGUAUAAUUCGAAGAUAUCUAAAGAGAGAAACGAUAUAUAUCCAUCACCUGCAGUGAAACCCGAACUCUGACGAGUCGCAAGUGCGGAGAGGGAAGAUAAUCGAAGAAACACGCGACGCUAGACGGAGAAAACAUGCAUCAUCAGCAAAGGCGAUCAUCCUCCUCCUGCAGCGCUCAGGGAUCAAGCUUCACGAGGUCCCUGCCCGGUAGAACGCUGGCGAUAGCAGCGGCCGUAUUUCUUUUGUCCUCGAGUCUGGGUCUGGCCGACGCCGGAGUCCUAAUGGGACACCCGUUAGGCAAAAGGUCAUUCCUGGACAUUCACUGCAAGGGAGUCUACGACAGAAGCCUCUUCGCGCGCCUUGACCGCAUCUGCGAGGACUGCUACAAUCUGUUCCGUGAGCCCCAGCUGCAUUCGCUCUGCAGACAAGACUGCUUCAGCACACAAUACUUCACGAGCUGUAUCCAGGUGCUGCUGCUUGAAGACGAAAAAGACAAGUUCCAGGAGAUGGUCGAGUACCUGGGACGCAAGAAGUAAGGUCAAAGGUAAAGGAAGCUUGCCGUACGUAGAGGGAGGCAACGCGUCGUCGUGCACACAUGCAGUAUAACAUCGUAUUUUGAAAAUAAUCGCGGCGGCGUGAACGCGGCCUUAAUUCCGCGAGUGCUGUGCCGCUCGACGUACCAGCCUACCUACCACCUACUUACAAACCGAAAUUUUAGCAAAAAUUAUACAAUAUUAUUAUACACAUACCCUAUAUACUGUCUUUUCAACACCUCGCUUAUUGUUAGCCGAAUAUCAAAAUAUAUACAUAUACAUAUAUAUAUAUUUGUCUAAUUCAUGUUCCGUUUUUAUACAUUGAUAUUUUCAUUUCAUGUUUCGCUUUUCUCUUCGAAAAGAUUCAAUCGUUUCCACACGUCAAUUUUCACCACCAAUCUCCACCUAUUUAUUUUCUACAAUUAUAUAUAAUGUUGGUGUUCUUUUUUUUUUUUAAUUUGUUUUUUACCCCUUCUUUUAUGGUAUAAAACGUGUGAUGCUACGGAAAUAAUUAUUUUGCCGAAAAAAUCUGCACUAAAAGUGAUCUUCUGGAAGGAAAAAACAAAAAAAGCAAAUAAUUA